CCUCAUCAGCUGCGCAGCUGUGCUCGGGCUCCUGUCGCUGCCUCUAGGAACCAGGUCUGAGUGACGCCCCCCUCUACCAGUCCCCUACAACCUCAUCCCAAAAACAACACCAGCAAAACAAAUGCGACCAUGUACAGCGUGGAUGACCUGCUUAUCUCGCAUGGAUACAAACUGCCCCAAAAAACCUCUACCUCUACUCCUGCUGCCUCCCCCACACCCCCGUCCUCUUACGCUAACAAGCGUUACGGCGACCCGUCCUCCUGCCGCCAGGAGAUCUUAGAGAGCCGGUCCGGUGGUGGUCAUGGAACAGUGAACGGAUAUGAGAUACAGUCUGGGCCAGGGGUCUAUGUGUAUAGCAACAGCACCAGCACCAGCAGGCGGCCCCAGCCACCGGCCCCAACCAAAGGUGGGAGGGACAGGAAUAGCCAACCACAGAGGAGGGAAGUGGACAGCGGUAACCAAGGUGACGCGCACUCCAUGGGCGAUUCUCUCACGACAGAUAGCGGGUUCUAUGAGGGGCCCAGAGGCGUGUGUUCUCAUCACAGGGGCCCCAGAGACUUGUCCUACUGGAGGAGGAGGGGCCAGGACUUCAGCAUCCUCCUGGACUACGCUGACUUCAGAGAGCCCCGAGGAGGUGGUACCUGUAGGAGGACAGAGGGGGUGCAGCAGCAGCAGAGACAGGAGGAGCCCCCGGAGGACUGCCAGCAGCGUGAGAAGCAGAGCUGGGCAGCCCAGUCCCAAGCUCAGGUCCAGGCCCGCUCCAGGCAGAGAGAGGCAGCACUGCAGCAGUGGAGGAUGACCGCCGUGGACAGGAAGUGUCAGAGCCUGGGCACGGACGAGUGGCGGCCUGCCGUGGUGAGCUUCUCCUGCCAGCUUUCAGACAGCGAGGGCGAGAGGUGGUCUCAGGCUCAGGAGCAGUAUCUGCAGCAGCGCCACCUCUGCACACCGGAUGUUGCUAUGGUUGUAAUGGAUCCCAGGAACAAAGGGACGUCCCAGUCUCUGCCCAGGAUGCUGCAACCGGACAGCCUGCAAUACGUGGAAAUGUCUGGGUCUAUUGGGUCUGUGCCUGGGCAGGACGUGCACAGGAGGGUCAACGGCCACCCAGGGUUUCAUUACGACCCUUACAGCAUAUAUAACCACAACCAGGCCGGGGUAGGGGACAGGGACAGGUGGCCUGAGAAUGACAACAGACCCUCCAGUCAGACUAGUAUGACUAGCCAGGUCAGCCAGGUGAGUCAGGCUUCUCAAGUACCAAAGGUCCGGCACAGCCGUCCCCUGCGACCUCCGUCCUACGAGGUGCAUCAGCAGACCCGGGGGAGCUCCGAAACGCUCUCAGGAGAGCCAGAAGCAGCAUCAAGCUCCCAGCCCCAGGCCAGGGACAGAACCCCCCUUCCUCAUCCCAGUAUAGGUGACCCCAGGCUGGACUAUUAUACACAGGAUGGAGGGUCUGGCACGGAGCCUCCAGGGUAUAUCCCUCCCCCAUCGUAUCCCCCCAAGAGAGCUCCUCGACCUAUGAGAGGAAGCCAUGGAGGUCACAGGGGCUAUGGAGAGGUCCCUGUCAACUACAGGUACCACCAGAUGUACCAGCAGAAGCAGCAGAUGUGUGGGACCCCAGACCCCUGGUUUGGUAGCAGGCACACCGGUGGAGGAGGGUCCGGGCCGGAGCCUCACAGAGAGAGGAGUGUACCCCACAGGAAGCAGCACUCCACUGGCUACAGUAAGCAGCAGCACCAGCCGGUCCUGGGUCCUGGCAUCCAGUACAUCCCCUUCGACGACCCACGCCUCCGACAUGUGUCCCGGGGAGGAAACUCGUCUCUAUGUGGCCGAGGUAACUCCAUGACGGACGCCGACAAGAUCCGCCACAUCCGUAACGCCACAUCCUCCGAGCUUCCCAGUGUCACCGUGUCAGACCACUCGUCUGAUGACAGUGCCUUUUUGUCGUCCGCUUCCACAGGGGCCCCGCCGCCACUUGCCAGCUCGCCAGACCCGGCCAGUCCCAUGCCGCUGAGGUCUUCUAGCGACUAUGACAAUAACAAUAACAGGUGGCAGCAAAAGCAGCAGCACUGUGAUUUGCACAAAGAGACUGGCUCACUAGAUAACUUCCCAGCAGCAACUUCCCAAAACUGUAACAGGUAUAAUCCUAAACCAAACCAAGGUGGUCCCUCUGCCUUCCAGCCACCAGCCCCUGCUCCGCCAGUGUGUCACAGCUCCAUCUCAGAUCAGGGCUUCUCAGAAACAACCAUCACACAGGUGAAGAAGAUAGUUCCAGGAGACUCAGGAGUAGACAACCUCAACAGGAACUCUAAGAGGAAGGCUCACAGUGAGACCAUAUUCUGCCUGGUGUCUGUCCCCAUCCACAUGCAACAAACCAAUAAAGUCUCAGUCUCAGCAGCAGACCAGAACAAUAACGAGAAUAUGCCUGCCAGUCUGCCAAGUAUUCUGCCAAUCGUGAGCGUCAUCGCCACAGAAGACAACCAAAACACUGUGGUCCAAUCCAAAUCAGAGAACAGCCAAAGCCUCUGUAGCAAGUCGGUAUCAGACAUGGGUCUCAAACCCCCCUCCCACACCAGCAGCUUCACCUCAAUGAGAAGCACCAGGAAGGGUCCUCUGAGGAAGGAGAUAGUAGAUGCCUGGUCACUCCAGGCCAGUGCUGACAAGGAGCUGUGCUACGCCGGCUCCUGGCCCGGGGACCAGUACAGGAACCAAGAGACCCAGACCAGCUCACCCGUGGCAAUGAAGGGUCCUGGGGGUACUGGGGGGACAGGUCAGCCUCAGAGUCCCCCUGGAGGACAGGGACAGGGGGGGCAGGAGACAGGCCACCCAGCCUCCGAUACCACCAUGGACAGUGGUGCAGGCACCGACUGCAGCUCCGGCUCGUAUGGUGUGGACUAUCCCAUGAAGGGCCAGAAGAACCUCCACCUGUCCAGCAACAGCGCCUUCUCCUGUCUCAGUAUCAGCCCGGCCCAGCCCCUGUCACUCCCACCCCAGCCUCCGCCCCCUGUCCCUUGGGAGGGGAGAAACCAACAGACCUCCACAUCCAGGAAGACUGGUACUACCACCUCCAACACCACCAAACCCACAGUCAGUGCCAAUGCUAACAUCCAGGGCCAGGUGGCAUUCGGCCAGUUCCUGCUGAAGCCGGUGAGCCGGCGGCCGUGGGACGCGAUUGAGGAGCUGGAGAGUUUCAACAAGGCUGCAGGCGUAGAUGUAGACCAGGUCCAGAAGAAAAUUAAGGUCCAGCCCAGGAGACCCAGUGUCGACCAGUGUAUAGAUGACCUGGACGAGGUCUACAGGACCAUCAUGGAGCUGAGUGGAGAAGACACACAACAACAACAUCAGCACAUAGCCCCUCCACAUCUGGACCCUGAGAGGGAGACGGUUCGCCUUCCAGACCAGCGCCUGAAUAACAAACCCAACAACAACAUCCCUACCAUCAUGCCAAGGCUAGACAGCUGGGGCCCUGGCUCUACCAUUGACCCAGACUACAGGGAGGUGAGGAGUGCUUUCUCCAGGCCUCAGCCCCAGAGCAGAACUAGCAUCCUCAGGCUGAAGAGAGAGGACAUGGCUCCCACUGCCACCCUAACAGAGUCCACUGGCUUCCGAGACUACAACUCCCACAAUGCUAAGGGUGACCCCAGGGUAACCUAUGACUCCAGAAUGACCUACAGGCAGGAGCUGGACAUCCCCGUCGCCAAGGAGUCUCUACUGAGGGACGUGGGGCUCACCGUCUACACUGUCCCUGGAGGCACCAUAGAGCAGGGCCAGGAUUGUGGCCGUCCAUUCACACUGAACACACCAUUAGACCACAAUGAACUAUGCCAGAAUGUACAGCUAUCAAGGGAGAACAGAGACAGAGACUUUUUUGCCAAGAACAACCAGGUUGAGGUUGUGCACAUCAGUGAUGGCACUAAUAAGGAAGAGCUUGGCUCUGCUAAAGUAGUGGAGGGAGGGAGGAAGGUAAAGAAGGAUAACGUGCCCAUCGUGCCACCCAGAUUUAGGGGGCAUGAGCCCAAUCUGAACAUCCGCAGGGCCCGGAGUGAGAACAGCAGGUCGCCCAGAGGUGAAGGGUCACAAGGGACACCACACACCGGCAGAUUGACUAGGGAGGCAGCGUUUGCAUUCGAGGAUGACGUCUACAGAUACAGCGUCAGCCCCGACCCUCUGAGUUGGCGUAACGAGGCUACGUUGGCAGAUAUACACCUGGAGACCCUGCUGAUCAAGGAGAAGGCAAACACCAUGCCCACAGAGGACCUGAGUAAUCUAUAUGAGGUGAAGUGUGCCAAGGGGAUCCCUGAGAACGAGACAAUGGAGCAGAGAGCAGCCAGGAUAUUGGGGAUAGACGUAGCCCCGGAUUCACUGCGGGGGAUGGUCCAGGAGAGAGAGGAGGAGCAGAGAGAGGAGGAGGAGUCACUGCAGGGGGUUGUAGAGGAGAGAGAGGAUGAGGUGUCACCGCAGGGGGCUGUCAAGGUGAGAGAGGAGGACAGGCAGUACAGAGAGAAUGAGGGAGAUUCUGUCAUAGGUGAAACACAGGAGCACAGAGACAACACAGUGACUGAGAGAGAGACCCAGGAACUCAGUCCAGAAGGAGCACAUGCUGUGGAAUCACUAGGCGGGGUCGAACAGAAAGUGGAGGAGCACAGAGACAACCCAGAGAAUGAGGACGAAACUCUAAUAGGAGAAACACUGAAGCACAGUCCAGACGAAAACAGAGAUAAAAAGCAUGUGAGAAGAGAGUACGAGCAAGUGAUGAAGGUACAGAUAUCCGUGGUUACCUUGGAAGAGGAGACGAUAGAAGAAGAGGAGGAGACGAGAGGAGGACCCAGUAAGGAUGACAGCUUAUCAGUAUGUGAGGACAAACGUUAUGGAGGAGACAGAGAGAGAUUAAGCCACCCCUCCAUGGUGCUGGACCUGCCAGAGUUCCCCCCUAGCAGCCUCCCCUUGUCUCUGCCUGUGACCCCAGACGAGGAGCUGGCCCUUAGCUUGCUGAAUGUGGGUGGAGUAGGGGAGAGGAAGGGGCACAUUGGUCGUGCCUCCCCCAGGCUCUCAUCCUCGAAGUCGCCAGGCUGCACAGAGAGUAUGGUCCACUUGGAUGAGGUGUUCUCAGUCUCCUGCGUACUUAUCAGGAGUUUAGACUCAGGAGAGCCAGAGCAGGGGACAGAGACGGAGGUAGUGGUAGUAGUAGAGGUAGAGGCUGAGCAGGAGAAAGAUAAGGGGAUGAGCCAGGGAGAGAGAGAAGAGAUGGAAGAGGAAAAGUUGAGGAUAGAGUCAGAGGCGGAGGGGAACGAGAUAGACAGGGCAGACAAGAGAGAAGAUGAGAGGAUAGUGUCGGGAGAGGAGAAAGAACUGGAGGAGGAAGAGUUGAAAAUAGAGGAGAAAGAGCAAGAGUUGACAAUCAAGGUGGAGAGAGAGCUAAAGGUGAGAAUGGAGGAGGAGAAAAGUGGGAGUCAGGAGGAAGAGGAAAGAGAAGUGCAGGAGGGGGAGAAAGAACCAGAGGAGGAGGAUAAUACAGAGAGGCAAGUGGAGGAGGAAGAGAAAGAGCCAGAGGUGAAAAGAGAGGAGGAGAGGAGUGAAGAGUCAGAUGAUGAACAGCAACAGGAGGUUCGGCCAGAGCCGGUGUCCAGGCCAGUGAAACCUCCUCUCCUCCCCAAGCCUCUCCCAAUGCCUCGCAGCGGCACGGUGGCCAAAAGAGAGAUCACCCUUCCCCUGAGCUUCAGUGUCUCUUCCUGUGGCUCCUCUACAACCCUAGAGGAGGACGAGCUGCUCCCAGACUCCUAUGAUCCUAGUCGAGUGGAGAGUGUGUAGCCUCUGACCUCUAUGAAUACCUUCGACAUCUGGCGGGAAUCGGCUUUGAUCACCGCUCCGUCCGUCCUCCCAUCCGUCCGUCAACUUUCCAUUCAAUGCCUUGGUUAAUGCCUAUCUAGUUCUUUUGAGCUCUAUGGGGACUGGUUAAAAGUACUGCACUAUAUAGGGAAUAAGGACGAAACUCAAUGACCCCCCCCCCCCCAACCACUGUCCCCCUUUUCACCAAUAUAAGCAUUGUUUAAGCAACAGCAACAGUCCAUAAUAUGCCAGCCUGACUCUGACCUGGUGCUCCAAUGGACCUUACGACUGCCAAACAAGACAAUUACUGGGACCCAUCUGUCCUCUGGCCUUCAUCCUUCUACUCACACUCCUCAUCCUCCUCUUCACCAUCUUCCUCUCCUUCCAGACGCUUCCAGUCAUGAGCCAACCACUGUUGCUUAACGGGGUGAUUUUCCUACCCUGUCCUGUCUGGUAUUUUUUUGUGUUGUUAUUGCAUCCCAAAUGGCACCUUUAUAGUGUACUACUUUUGACUAGGGCCCCGGUCAAAUGUAGUACACUGUAUAGAGAAUAGGGUGCCAUUUGGAAUGCGGAUUCUUGGAAUUACAUGUCUGCCAUCGACUGUCUCCCAAUACAACAGCACUGUGGUUCCUAUGAAUGUAAAGAAGUGCUUAUGCUUCUCAAACACAAACAAAUGCUUUAAAACGAAACCACAAUAAGACAAAAUGUCUCGUGUUACAAUCAGUGUUACCUACGUACACCAAAUGUAAAUAAGAAUUAUAGAGGUUUAAGGUUUUGUUCCAACAGACUUUUGUGAUGUUUGUUGCUUGAAAAACGGUUUAUUUUCUUACCUGUGUUGAAACUUACACUGAGUAUACAAAACAUUAAGAACAACUGCACUUUCCAUGACAGACUGACCAGGUGAAUCCAGGUGAAAGUUAUGAUCCCUUAUUGACAGCACUUGUUAAGUCCACUUUAAUUAGAGUAGAUGAAGGGGAGGAGAAUGGUUAAAGAAGGAUGUUUCAGCCUUGAGACAAUUGAGACAUGGAAUGUAUACCAUUCCGAAGGUGAAUGGGCAAGACAAAACAUUUAAGUGCCUUUGAACGGGGUAUGGCAGUAUAUGCCAGGCGCACCAGUUUGCGUCAAGAACUGCAACGCUGCUGGGUUUUUCACACGCAACAGAACGAUCCAUCACCCAAAGGAGAUCCAGCCAACUUGACACAACUGUGGGAAGCAUUGGAGUCAACAUUGGCCAGCAUCCCUUUGGAACACUUUCGACACCUUAUAUAGUCCAUGCCCUGACAAAUUGAGGCUGUUCUGAGGGCAAAAGGGGGUGCAACUCAAUAUUAGGAAGGUGUUCCUCAUGUUUGGUAUACUCUGUGUAUAUGUUGAAGAAGAAUCUGAUUUUGAAGCUAUACUCUUGAGAUGUUAUUACCAAUUGAUACUUCUCUCCUGUUCUCUACACUUGAGUGUUUUUGGCUUGGCCGUGAGGCCUGAGAAUGUACUUAUAUGUCCGGCUGGAUCAGAUUGAUUGUUUUUGCUGUUUUCCCAACUCCUAUAUGGAAAUUGCCGUGACAGUUGGUGUGACAGUAAAACAGAUCUGGGGCCAGAAGUUUACAUACACCUUAGCCAACUACAUUUAAACUCAGUUUUUCACAAUUCCUGACAUUCAAUCCUAGUAAAAAUUCCAUGUUUUAAGUCAGUUAGGAUCACCACUUUAUUUUAAGAAUGUGACAUGUCAGAAUAAUAGUAGAGAGAGUGAUUUAUUUCAGCUUUUAUUACUUUCAUCACAUUCCCAGUGGGUCAGAAUUUUACAUACACUCAAUUAGUAUUUGGUAGCAUUGCCUUUAAAUUGUUUAACUUGGGUCAAAUGUUUCUGGUAGCCUUCCAUAAGCUUCCCACAAUAAGUUGUGGGAGUUUUGUCCCAUUCCUCCUGACAGAGCUGGUGUAACUGACAGGUUUGUAGACCUCCUUGCUCGCACACGCUUUUUCAGUUCUGCCCACAAAUAUUCUAUGGGAUUGAGGUCAGGGUUUGUGAUGGCCACUCCAAUACCUUGACUUUGUCCUUAAGCAAUUUUGCCACAACUUUGGAAGUAUGCUUGCGGUCAUUGUCCAUUUGGAAGACCCAUUUGCGACCAAGCUUGAACUUCCUGACUGAUGUCUUGAGAUGUUGCUUCAAUAUAUCCACAUCAUUUUCCUCACUCAUGAAGCCAUCUAUUUUGUGAAGUGCACCAGUCCCUCCUGCAGCAAAGCACCCCCACAACAUGAUGCUGCCACCCCCUUGCUUUGCGGUUGGGAUGGUGUUCUUCGGCUUACAAGCGUCCCCCUUUUUCCUCCAAACAUAACGAUGGUCAUUAUGGCUAAACAGUUCUAUUGUUGUUUCAUCAGACCAGAGGACAUUUCUCCAAAAAGUACAAUCUUUGUCCCCAUGUGCAGUUGAAAACCGUAGUCUGAGUUUUUUAUGGUGGUUUUGGAGCAGUGGCUUCUUCCAGCAGAGCAGCCAUUCAGGUUAUGUCGAUAUAGAUACUUUUGUACCUGUUUCCCCCAGCAUCUUCACAAGGUCUUUUUCUGUUGUUCUGGUAUUGAUUUGCACUUUUUUUUAACCUAAGUACGUUCAUCUCUAGGAGUCUGAAUGUGUCUCCUUCCUAAACGGUAUGACGGCUGCGUGGUCCCAUGGUGUUUAUACUUGCGUACUAUUGUUUGUACAGAUGAAUGUGGUACCUUCAUGUGUUUGUAAAUUGCUCCCAAGGAUGAUCCAGACUUGUGGAGGUAUACAAUAUUUUUUCUGAGGUCUUGGCUUAUUUCUUUUGAUUUUCCCAUGAUGUCAAUACAAAGAGGCACUGAGUUUGAAGGUAGGUCUUGAAAUACAUCCACAGGUACACCUCCAAUUGGCUCAAAUUAUGUCAAUUAGCCUAUCAGAAGCUUCUAAAGCCAUUACAUAAUUUUUUGGAAUUUUCCAAGCUGUUUAAAGGCACAGUCAACUUCAUGUAUGUAAACUUAUGACCCACUGGAAUUGUGAUAAAGUGAAAUAAUCUGUCUGUAAACAAUUGUUGGAAAAAUGACUUGUGUCAUGCACAAAGUAGAUGUCCUAACCAACUUGCCAAAACUUUAGUUUGUUAACAAGAAAUUUGUGGAGUGGUUGAAAAACGAGUUUUAAUGACUCCAACCUAAGUGUAUGUAAACUUCUGACUUCAACUGUAUAUAACACUGUGGUGUUUGUCACUCAGCUAUACUGUUGUUGCACAGGACUUCUCUUGGGGCUGCUUUGAGUGAGCAGCCGAGAGCCUGUGUAUUAAAGGCCCAAUCCCAGAACGACCCUUAGAUGCACUACGGUCUAGGGGUCCAUUUGGGAUGGGACCUAAGAAAUUGAUCUCAUUACACAUCCAUGUGUUACAUCUGUACAAUUUGCUACUAAGAGUACCAGGGGUUGCACUGCUUAGUAAUGUUAUUGGUCCCGUGUCACCUGUCUGUGAGUUGCUGGUGGUUUUGCAUUGGUGGUAUCCCUCAGGGGUGAAUGUGAGGACCGUUACAUUUUAUUUACAGUGCCACCCCCCAAACAUGACUCCGCCAUAGUGUGUCAGGGUGGUGUGACAGGUUAGAGUUUGUUUUUUCAGCAACAGCAAUCGCAGCAGUAUUUCAUUUCACAAAUGUAUUUAUGUUUGUUAAUCACACCUCAUACUGUACAAAAUAAAAAAGUGUAUUUUAAAAUAUUUUCAAAUGUUAAAAAGGUUUAUAAUUAACCGUGCAAUUUCAUUUGCUCACAUACGUCCAUGUGAAUAUGUAUUUUUUUGUAAUUAACGAAUUUGGUGUUGCAAUGAAUGAUAGAUAUAACAUCUCAGUGUGCCUUGUACACAUUUCUGUUUCUAUGGAAAAAGUCCAUAUUAGUGCACUAUUUAGGAUAUAGGGUACCAUUUGGGAUGUACCCAAUGUUUAUUUGUGUUCAACACGUACAAUUUAUGUACUGUAACUUAGCUAAUUUCUUCAUUUCAACUGGACAUGUUGUAAUUCAUUGUUAAUUGUAUAUGGAUAAGACAAUUUUUAGUUAUUUUGGAAAUCAAAAAUAUAUAUUUUUGAAUUAACUUUUUGGAUAUAUACUGUAAAACGUACAUUUAUGAAUCUGAUAAAUGUAAGCGUUGAACAUAUCAAACUGGCAAAGAAUUCUUCACUUUCGAAUUUACUUCUAAUUGUUAUACACCUUGAUGUUUUUGUUAAAAUAACUGACUUGCAUAUUACAUAAGCCUAAAUGCAAGUCAUUGUGCAUUAUCAACCAGUACUGGUUGAAAGAUCUAGUUCUGAACCAAAACAGUUUUCUGUGUAUAAAGACUUAACAUAAACAAACCAUUUUUGUCUGCUUGCUACAAACAUAGUGCUAUUUCCUUUACCCCUUGUUUGAAGUUACAUGGUAUGGAUGAAUGUUUCUUGAUCUGGUUCAAGACAUGCAUAAGCAGGAAGUCAGUUUGAGCUUUAGUUUGUGAUACUGUAUUCCUGAUAUCAAGCACAGGAUAAUGUUGAUACCCUAAAAUUAGAAUGAUUCUAAUUCUAUGGUUUACGCUACCAACACUCUGUCCUUCCCUGUAACUCUAGGCUAGGUUCCAGGUGGACUAUAGUUAUGUGGACAUUGUAAUAGACCUUUUGUACUGCAAGGUAUUUGUAACAUAGACUAUUGUUGCACAUCUUGCUGGGAUAUUUUCUAUUUUCAUACAGUCUUUACAUCUUUUUUGUUUGUUCUUGCGUGUAAAUGUGUUAGAUGUUAUGGAGAGAAAGGUAUUUGCAUAUAAUUGCAUUUGGUACUAUAGUAUACCUGAUAAGCAGCCGUUAUAUAUUUCAUAUAAUGCAUAUUUUAUUUUAUCAAUUUUUUCGGCAAGUAUUUAAAAUGAAAGCAAGGUAUUUCUUUGAGUAUUCUAAAAAGGGAACUCUGUGUUUAAAGGCACAUGUUUGUCUGUAUUCAUGGUAUGAUCAUUAGAAAUGAGCAUACAUACAGUCAUAGUGCGCUUCUUUUGUAUAACAUUGCCGAUUAUUAAAUCAACUUUGCAUGUAA